AUGGCAGCCUCUGGUGUGAAUCUGGCUGUUACCAAAGACGGAGGGUCUUACAACAAGUUAUCGAGACCUAAUGAUUAUCUCCUAUCGCCACAGCCUCCUCCGCCAUCCGCGUCUGCUCUAGCAACUCCCGGCAGCAAGAGAAAGCACGAGCAGGAAAACGCGUCGGAAACAAAGCGCGCAAAAACUGAUCGCAACAAUUCGCGUGCCAAGGGCAAAUCACGCGCCAAUGAACCGUUUCGAGAGCCAGGCGUACGAUCGGUGCUUCCAGGACUUGAGGGAGAAGAGCAUUUGACGGACGAGUCGAUAGAUGAGGCAGUAGCAUACCUUCGAAGUGUCAGGUCUGAAGCCUCAGCAAUACCCACCCUCCUCGUAGCCCCGACCGACGUGCACAGCACUAGCAGUGAUCAUGGCAACGACAGUCGCAAUGCCAAUAAACUGACCGUAGGCACACAACGUACUGUAUACAACGAUGGUACCUGGGUUGCUCUAGAAAGCGAGAGUGAGGGUGCAUCAGAGUACUGGGACGGAGACGUAGAGGAUCUCGACCCGCAGGAGAGCUGUCAAUGGGCGCUCAUUCGGCGAUUCUACACUCUUCGCAACAAACUCUCUACAAUCCGGGAACACAAACCGCCUUCAGGGAAAACAACAAGUUCCCGAAAAUCCCAACGCAGUGAUCAGUCUGGAAAGCACUAUUGGGCGGAAGCCAUUGGUCGCGACUAUCCUGCACUUGAGGAAGUCACUCAAAUGGACGAAUCAACUUUAUAUGUGGCUCUGCAUGGCUGUGCACUCUCAUUAGAUCGAUCUACUGAGGUAUCACGUCAAAAGAGCUGCUGGAUAUGGACACUGCUGGCCUUGACGGGAGACUUUGGGACUUUGGACCAUGAGAGGAUCGGCAAGAUUCGGGAUCUAGGUCUUGCUGCUAGCCGUUUGGUGAAAAGGCUCUCUGACAGGAGUCCAGAGGAGCAAUGCGCUCCAGAGGGCGAAACAAGAGACGAAUCCGAUGAUGAAUCCGGAGACAAUUCAGGUUCUGCACUUGUGAAAGAAGACGACGACUCGAUGGUCAACGCGGACAGCGGUCUGGAAAGUGGAGAGGUCAUGGAUGAUGAUGCGGGCGAUUCGGGUGCAGAAAUGGCCAUCUCAGAAGACGAAGCUGAGACACCAGAUGCAGCAGAAGUGGGAGACCUUGAGAAGGCUAGAGCACGUCUUCUCGCCCAGCUUGGGGACCGUUUAGUGCAGCCAGCGGUCCCGCCAUCAGACGCACCAGUUGAAACACCUGCAGCGUCAAACUUCAAGUUGCUUUCCCGAGCAGAGGCCGAGAGACAACGACAGGAGAUGCGCAACAACAAGCCUCAAAAAGAGAAUGUCACACGUGCACCGGUUUCUACAUCUGAUGCCGCACAGACCAAUCGUGCAGAGCUGCAGAGCACACCUUUAACCGAGAGUGAUGUAGAAACACGGGCAGCAAUCGACAUGAUUUUGACAGUUGUGGCCGAGUGUUAUGGACAGAGGGAUUUGCUAAAGUUUCGAAAAGCAUGGUGA